AUGGAAACUCAGACAUGUUCAGUUUCUUCAUGUUCUUCAAACUUUGCCAUUCAUAUGUUAUUUGUUUGUGUUAUCAUCAUCUUUAGCUCUUCAAUGGUUGCCUCUGCCAACUUCCUGAAGGACAUUGACCACACCUGGGGGGGAGGCGACAGAGUUCAGAUACUCAACAAUGGCGAAGGCAUUGCUAUCGCCCUCGACGAAACCUCCUGUUCUGGAUUCCAAUCUCGAAACCAAUAUCUCUUUGCUAAGAUUGAUUUGCAAAUCAAACUUGUCCCUGGAAACUCAGCUGGUACUGUCACUGCAUUUUACGUGUCGUCUAAAGAGGAGUUUCAUGACGAGAUAGACUUCGAAUUCUUAGGGAGAGUUGAGGGAGAUCCUUACAUUUUGCAGACAAAUAUGUUCAUCCAUGGAGUCGGCAAAAGAGAGACCCAAUUUUUUCUUUGGUUUGACCCCACAACUGAUUUUCACAACUACACUAUUCUUUGGACGCCCUUUCACAUCGUGCUGUCCGUUGACGGGAUUCCGAUAAGAGAGUUGAAGAACAACAAAGAAAAGGGAGCUCCAUUCCCAAUGAGGCAGCCAAUGAGAAUAUACGGCAGCCUAUGGAACGCUGACAGCUGGGCCACAAGAGGCGGGGCGGUGAAAAUAGACUGGACCAAAGGCCCGUUCCGAGCUUGGUUCAAGAAUCUAAGAGUCGAUGGUUGCUUAUGGUCCGAUGGGAACUCAAAUUGCACCAAGUCUUCAACUUCUUGGCUCUCCUCCACCCUUGAUAACGAAAGCCAACAGCACAUGAAAUGGGCUCACACUAAUUAUAUGUUCUAUGAUUACUGCACUGAUACGAAACGUUUCCCUAAGGGUCUUCCUCUUGAAUGCUAA